CGCUCGAGCGCGGUCGGGUGCGGAGGCUGAGCUCGCGGACCCGGAGUGCAUCCGCAGACGUGCGCCGCGGCCGAGGCAACCACCCUCCCGGGCGCCGCUUUCUUGGCGGCUCGCACGGUUAGCAGAUAGCUGAAGCCGACUUGUGCAGGAUUCCCCUGGCUCUUCUGGCUUAAGACCCCACCACCUCCUCUCCCUGGCAGCCUGUGUUCUGGGCUUCACCUAGACAAGUCUAGUAGGAAAAAGCCAUCUCUUCCAUCCAUAGCCAUGAAUUUCCUCCGGCGGCGCCUCUCCGAUAGCAGUUUCGUGGCCAACCUGCCUAAUGGCUACAUGACAGACCUGCAGCGCCCAGACAGCUCCACCAGCUCCCCUGCUUCCCCAGCCAUGGAGAGGAGGCACCCCCAGCCCCUGGCAGCCUCCUUCUCCUCUCCAGGAUCCAGCCUAUUUAGCUCCUUCUCCAGUGCCAUGAAGCAGACCUCACAAGCCCCCUCAGGGCUGAUGGAGCCUCCAGGUCCCUCCGCUCCCAUUGUUCAAAGGCCCAGGAUCCUAUUGGUGAUCGAUGAUGCCCACACAGAUUGGACCAAGUAUUUUCAUGGAAAGAAGGUGAAUGGAGAGAUUGAGAUCCGAGUGGAGCAGGCUGAAUUCUCAGAGUUGAACCUAGCUGCCUAUGUUACUGGGGGCUGUAUGGUGGACAUGCAAGUCAUGAGAAAUGGGACCAAGGUUGUGAGAUCCUUCAAGCCAGACUUCAUCCUAGUCCGUCAGCAUGCCUACAGCAUGGCUCUGGGUGAAGAUUACCGAAGCCUGGUCAUCGGUCUCCAGUACGGAGGGUUGCCUGCUGUCAACUCCCUCUACUCUGUCUAUAACUUCUGCAGCAAGCCCUGGGUGUUCUCUCAACUCAUUAAGAUCUUCCAUUCCCUGGGUCCUGAGAAGUUCCCACUUGUGGAACAAACAUUUUUCCCCAACCAUAAGCCGAUGCUCACAGCGCCACACUUCCCCAUGGUGGUCAAGCUGGGACAUGCCCACGCUGGAAUGGGAAAGAUCAAAGUAGAAAACCAGCAUGACUACCAGGACAUCACCAGCAUGGUGGCUAUGGCCAAAACCUAUGCCACCACUGAGGCCUUCAUUGACUCCAAGUACGACAUCCGCAUCCAGAAAAUCGGAUCCAACUACAAGGCUUACAUGAGAACCUCCAUCUCUGGAAACUGGAAGGCCAACACAGGCUCUGCCAUGCUGGAGCAGGUGGCCAUGACAGAGAGGUACAGGCUGUGGGUGGAUAGCUGCUCAGAAAUGUUUGGUGGCCUGGACGUCUGCGCUGUCAAGGCCGUCCACGGCAAGGACGGCAGAGAUUACAUCAUUGAGGUGAUGGACAGCUCAAUGCCCUUGAUCGGAGAGCACGUGGAAGAGGACAGACAGCUGAUGGCCGACCUUGUUGUCUCCAAAAUGAGCCAACUCCUGAUACCAGGAGGCACAGCGCCCUCGCCCCUGAGGCCUUGGGCUGCACAGACUAAACCAGCGAAAUCCCCCGGGCCGGCCCAGCUGGGGCCUCUGCUUGGACAGCCACAGCCACGGCCACCCACACAAGGGGGCCCUCGCCAAACUCCGACUCAGCAGCCAGCGCGAUCUGGAAGCCCGUCCCAGCAGAGGCUCCCCCCCCAGGGCCAGCAGCCCCUGAGCCCCCAAUCCGGAUCUCCGCAGCCGCAGAGAUCACCAGGCUCUCCGCAGCUGUCCCGGGCAUCCAGUGGCAGUUCUCCAAACCAGGCCUCCAAGCCAGGCGCCGCCCUCACCUCCCAACCCCGGCCCCCCGUUCAAGGCCGGAGCGCCUCCCAACAAGGGGAAGAGUCCAAGAAGCCAGCACCACCCCACCCUCAUCUCAACAAAUCCCAGUCCCUGACCAACAGCCUCAGCACCUCCGACACCUCCCAGCGUGGGACCCCAAGUGAAGACGAGGCCAAGGCUGAAACCAUCCGCAACCUGAGGAAGUCCUUUGCCAGCCUGUUUUCCGACUAACCUGGCCCGGGCUGGGGCAGGGUUCCAUUCCACUCUCCCUUCUCCUGCCUCAUCUUCCUUCUCAGCCUUGGUUCCCGAUGGGAACAGAAUGGAGGGCCUGAGAAUAUACUCUCUAAAUGCCUUUGACCCAGGAACUGAGUACCUAUCUAUACGUGCUCCCCCUCCCUUCACCAUGACAUUCCAGCGUCAUCCAACUCAGUGGUGGGCCUUUGAGAGCCUCCGGGUUCCUCAGUUCAGGCCCCAAAGGCAUCACAUCUCCCUGCCCACCCAGAUGCUCGCUCCCCUGCCUCAGAUAACCAAGUGAAAUGUUGUGUGUGGCUAGUUUUCACAUUUCUUGUUAGUGUUUUGCUUGCCUUCGGGUGAAGGCCCCGAGCCUCCCCUCCAUCAGGUGCAGGCACUGGGACCUCAACAACACUGGAGGCAAUAAUCUUUCGACAAUGUUUUGCAAACAGAAGGAGAAAAGCCCAGCCAGGGUCACCUACUACCUACCCAUGCUAGCCCCAUCCAGGCUCGAGAUCACCCCUCAGGCCGACAGGCUAAGCCCCAUCCCAUGUGGCCACCGGUGGGAUCCCGAGAACCGUGGAAAGAAAUCAGAUCCUGUGUGACAAGUGGGGCCUUCCAGAACACAACAGAAACGGAGGGGAUGUCCUGAAGUGCUGCUCACGCCCAGAUUGGAUGGCCGCGAGUAGACCACGGGUUCUUUGACGAGUCAUCACUAGCUCCCAGAGGAGGAGGAUGCCCUCAACUUCCCAAGGAGGGAGUCAGGUUAGGGCUGCUCCAGCCAUUCUGUGUCACCCCGCAAGGAACUCUGAACUCCCACCAGGAAGGCUGUACCCUCCUCCAGGACAGAGGAAGAGCCAGAGAGAGUCCGAGGCACAGGCUGAGAAAGGGCCGUGACAGGGACUUCGAGGCUGGCAUGUCACGGACUGUUGCCAGCAAGGCACGGGUAGGUUACUCAGUUAUAAAGGGGUCCCAUGGUCAAACAUGUUUAGGAAACACUGUUUCUAUUUCUUGUUUUGAGGCUGGUAGUACACAUUACAUAUCCAAGGCCCUCAGCCUUCCUGCGGUAAAGAAAUGAGCUUUCACCUUACUUAACCCAAACUUACUGGACGAAACAAGUUCCCUGCAGAGCUCGCAAAUGUCCCGACUCCCUUUCCAAAGCCAGCUCCCUCCAUCAGACUGCCUCCCGUGAUCAGACGGGGUGCAGGGCUGCCCUGAGUCAGCACGCACCCGGUGCUAGAAACAUGGUAGGUACCAGAACCAGCCUCCUGGACUCAAAACGAGCCCAGGACAUUAGAACAUAGCCACCAUGCUCUCCCCUUGCAGCCGUUCUAAGUAGAGGAGAGAAGGCUCCUAGGACAGGGUGUAACACCAUGAAGCCCACGUGUUUGGGGAGAUCAGGAACACAGAAAACACUCAAGGCAAUCAUCCCUCUUCUGCAUGGGAGAUCAGGAUCGGAAAAAGUCAAUCUCACUGGUUCUCCCUUAGUAAUAAAAUGCAACCCAAAACACACAACAGAGCGGUCACAGGCCCGACGAAGUUUCUCAAAGUGUAGGCACAGCUAGCUUCAUUUCAGACCAAAGGAGUCCGGAAUUCGGGUCAUAUGGCCCAGACCUGUAGGUCGGUUGGUCUUCCCGAGUAUUCUGCGCGCAUAUUGAAGUCAGACCAGCAGCCCUGCGCUGAGCAGGGAGGGAAGGCCACGCUGGGAGAACAGUACUUGUGUGGACGCUUUCCAGCCAGGGACCCACUCCUUUGCUGAGCAAAACUAGUGGCUUCAUAAACUGUGUGGCUGAAAUGUUCCCACUUCCCUAUAAUCCGUCCUAAAACAUCUCACAUCCAAGCUCCAUCUCCCAGGUACUCCAGCAACAGUAGCACAGACUUUUUUCAUCAAGCCAGGCAUCCUGAUUUCUAGAACCAUGCAUACGUGAUCUGUGACAUAACACAAUAACCGGCACAUCGCAAGAAAUUUUCCCACUGGUCUGUAUGUGAGCGUCGAGACCCAGAGUGGUCUUGCAGAGAGCACGGAUCCCCAAACGGACUGUUUUCUCCCAUGGGUAGCACAUGUUCCUUCCAAACAUUUCACCUUUCAUAGCUGUGACAUUUUUGAAUGGGAAAGGACAAAAAAGCGAGGAAGGGAGUCACUCUGUAGAGGUUCUGAAGGGUUGUUUGUUGUUUUUUGCUUUGUUUCAACACAACUUCGACCCAAAGAAAGGCUAGCAUUUUCCUUCCAGGCUGACUUGGUGAGGCUGAAACAUGGCGAAGAGCCAUUUGGUUUGUGCUAAGGUGGAGCACAGUGAAUGGAGACUGAAGGAUGUAGCCUGGCGGGCACUGCCACCAGCACGAGAAAAUACCCCGGUCUUCCUCCUGUUGCCAUGGUAAGCUGGUACCGUAGCUUAGGUGUCAAGUCAGCUUUCCAGGGACACUGAAUAUACAUAUCCUCUCUCUUCCGUUACCCCUGUGUUCUCCUCAUCAUUACUGCACUCCCUCCGAACCUUCAUGCCCGCUGAGGAGGCAGGGAGGACGGGCCUUCACUCACAUGGUAACAAAUACCGUAGCGAAUCCCGGGAGCUGCCUCCUGACGUUCCCUUUGGAGUUUGCCGGGGAAGGAGCUCGCGGGGAAAGCAAGCUGGCGCGGGGAGCUCGUGGAUGAGCUACGUGAGUCAAGCACGGGGCACAUUGCUUGGCGCGCAGGUGUUCAGGACAUGUUUUAGGAAACUAGGAAACUAGUAAAAUGUACAUAAAGUGUGAAGAUUGGAGGAAAAGCCUGUCUUAAAAGAGUCUCAGUGCAAAGAAGUCACUUGCCCAGGAAAAGAAUCGGAGUCUGAAAGGGAAUGGGAGCAGAUUCAGGAGGCCAGGAGGCAUCCCCCGUGGGGCACGUGGCCGGGGAGGAGGGGAGAGGUGGCCACAGGGCCACCAGGGCCGGGAGCCAGAGGGACGACGUGCCAACAUCAGCACCAGGCAGAAGAGGCUGUGGCGAGCAGACCAGGACAAGGCCGAGGCGCGUAGAGCAGGGAGCAGGACCCCGUGCAGACCAUGUGCCACAUGCCCCGGGCAGAAAGCAGGACCGAGGGGCCCCGUGUAGACCACGCGCCACACACCAGAGUCCAGCAGAGCCCCGCAGACAGCCAGGCCCCAGCUGGAGAUGUCCCGCAGGGGCUCCGUGUCCCUUUGGAACCCGCCCCUCCCCGCGCCAGGGAGUAGACAGCUCGUGCUUUAUUUGGCUUCACGGAACAGGUCCGUGGCUCGUUCUGCUUUAUGUGUUUGGCACCAGUGAAAGGACACAGGUCGGAGUCCAAGCUGAAGCCGGUUAAGUCAGGCUGGCGGAUGCAAGCAGUGACUGCAUCAGAUGGAGGGCUAGUUCAGGGCCCAAGUACACUUUUAUCGCUCAUUUUUCUUUAUCCUGGAGAGCAUGCCGGCUGGUUACUAACUGUACUGACAAGUGUCAAAAACUGUCCCCGACUGCCACGCAGUCACUGGUAAAAUUCAGAGGUUCGGUCUAGUAUUUGGACUCUAAGAGAAAGCAGCAUUUGGGGUUUGGUUGGAGACGAAUUGGAAGUUUGGGCGACAAGCAAGUCAGAUCGGUCCAUUAACCAAACACAAUGCAGAAAGGGCACAGAGGCCCCCUGUGUUUCCGCAGACAAAAUACGCAGCCAAAACAGAUGAGACCGGGACUCUUAGAUGCUGGGUUCAGAGCUCUCAACCGGCCGGCUGAGAGGAAGAGGGGAAUGGCCAGGACGUGACUUCUGAAAUCGGGGAGUCAUUCCUUUAUGGGAAAACGAAUCAAAAACAAAACAUUCCUUCUACAAUACUUAUGUGUGAAUCCUUUAAAUGCCCCUUUGCCUUCCAUCGUUUAUGUUCCGAUUGGUCCCCCCACUUGAUUCCCAUUUGCAAACUCUCAUAGUGUCAGCAUCUGCUAUCUGUGGUCUUCCUUUGAGUCUAGGGCAGAAGCAAGUUAGCACUUGGCAGCCACCGCCCAGGGAAGGAGAAAGGCAAGUCUUGGCGCUGGCCCCGAGCACAGGGAGCAAAGGGAGAGUCCGGCUCCGUCAGAGUAAGAAUUACUGAGAUCUGAGGCUAAGCAGCAAUCUCAGGAAUUGGAGCGCCAAGCAAGAGAGGUCAAAAUUCAACCAUUUUUACAGAGGGAAUCACAGAACCUUGUAUUAGAAGGAAAGGGUACCUCCCAUGAUUUGAUGUCCAGCCAUGCCAAACCAUAUCUUCCAUUUAUAAAGAGGAGUGGGCGGGGGGGCCUCCUGGAUGGCUCAGUUGGUGAAGCGUCUGC